AUGCCGAUCACGACGUUCGUGCAGCCUCCGUCCGGAGGAGUGGUCGCGUGGAACGCCACGACGGGUUUCAGUGCUGUUGGGCCCACGAUGGGCGCGACACCGUUGCUUUCCAUGCCGCCACUUAUGCCGUCGAUGGGGUCGGUCCCCCCAGGCAUGUCCCCCGCGUUCUUGCAAGCACUCCGGGGACCGUUCGGCGGGGGCGAGGGCACCUCCGCGAUGGGCACUGGCGCCGGCAUGAACAUGGGCAUGGGCAUAGGCAUGGGCAUGAACGCGGGGAUGGCCGCGGGCCCAUUCUCGCCUCCCGCCGACUCUCGCUCGCACUCGUCCUCGGCCGCGCGCAACCCGGUGCACCCGCACGCGUACGUCACGUUCGGCGCGGGGAUGCGUCAGCGCGACAUCGACGCGUACACGGCCGCGCACCCGCUCCCCGGGCAGAACACAGUCUCGGGCGUACGCGAGGAGCACGCGGUGCCGUACUACGUGCCGAUGUCCGCGCACCCGGUCGGGUCGAGCAUCAUGAUGCUCGGCGGCUUCGGCUUCGUGAGCCGCAUGCACGGCCUCAGCGUGGACAACGUGGUGGAGGUCGAGAUGGUCCUCGCAGACGGGCGGGUGGUCGUCGCGAGCGAGGAGGGCGACCCAGACUUGUGGUGGGCUAUUCGAGGAGCCGGGCCGGCGUUUGGGAUCGCGACGCGCUACAAGGUCCGCGCACACCCCAUUCCCAUCGUUUUUGCGGGGAAUCUCAUCUACCGCUUCCAUCGCGCAACCGCGGCGUCGCUGAUCAAACACUUCCGCGACUGCGUCAAGAACGCGCCGCGCGAGCUGUACGCAAACGUGCUCCUCACCGCGGGUCCCGCGGACAAGGACUCGCUCGUCGUCAUCCAGAUGUGCUACGCCGGCUCGCGCGAGGACGGGCUCGCCUUCCUGCGGCAGCAGGACAGCGUCGCGCAGGUCCUCCGGGGCAAAGUGGGCAGGCAGUGGUUCCUGCGCUCGUCGCUGAUCACCUCGCUGCCAGACGAGGUGAUCAACAAGACCGUGCUCGAGUUCUCGAACACGCCGAUCGGCUGCACGUGGAUAUUCGAGCUCGCCGGGGGCGCGAUCGAGGACUUCGAGGACACGUGCCUGCCGAAGGAGCAGCGCGCCGCGACGUGGACCGUCGCCGCCCUCCACCAGUGGGACAUGGGCAUCGACGACCCGCGGUGCAUCGAGACCGCCGAAGAGUGGAUGAAGCGCACCAUCGCACCCGUCGCCACCGGCGGGCCCCUCCCGACCUUCCUCGGCAGGCACGAGCCCGCGUCGCGCACGAUGGCCUCAUUCGGCGCCUCCUGGUCGCGGCUCGCCGGGCUCAAGGCGCGCUACGACCCCGACCACGUCUUCCGGAACUGCUUCUGGCCCCUCGACGCGCGCGGCGAGCCGCUCGAUGCGCUCGUGAACGAGCCCCCGUCGCCGUGA